AUGGAGGGCCUGCACCCACUACCAGACCCACCAAAUUCACUGCUGGUUCGAUCCCCGGCUGCCAAGAGAACAAGGGGCGAUGAAUCUACAUCCACUAAUGGGCUAGGAACACAACAACAAUUUGGGAAGCCUAGAGGCGAAAACACCAUCAGUUUCAAAGAUGCCAUUUUGAAACAAAAUUAUCUACUCAAACUCACCUGGGAAGAGGUCCUAGAGGACGAUACGGAAGACACAGAUAUGGGAGGAAACAUUUGGGACUGCUGGGACAGCGAAAAAGAGAGGUCGAAAUGGCCCCAGCUGAAAGUCUCAAAGGAGGAGCAUGAGAGCCUAUGCCAACCAUGGAAACAAACCUUGAUAGUGAAAGUCCUUGGUAAGUCUGUGGGCUACAAUUUUCUUCUUAACAGACUGAGGCAAAUCUGGAACUUGCAACAAGAUUUUUCUUUGAUGGAUCUAGAUAAUGACUAUUUUUUAGUCAGAGUUCGAAACCCAGAUGACUACAACACCAUUGUGUCAGGGGGGCCAUGGAUAGUCGUUGGGCACUACCUCACCAUGAGAAAAUGGAAACCCUUGUUUCGCCCAUGUCAGGCAUCUAUCACAUCAACAACUGUGUGGGUAAGAUUUCCUGGACUUCCCAUUGAAUUUUUUAACAGGGCAAAACUCACUGAAGCCGGUAAUCUUCUAGGAAGAACAAUUAAAGUUGACAAACCCACUGACAGUUCAUCUAGAGGAAAAUAUGCUAGGGUCUGUGUUGAGGUGGAAUUAGGAAAACCGUUAAUAGGUGGAAUUAUGGUUGGUCCCUUUUGGCAGAAAGUGGAAUAUGAAGGUCUUGAUGAGAUCUGCUUUGAUUGCGGCAUUUAUGGCCAUAAAACUAGUGAGUGCCAUCAGAGAAUCUUUAAAGCUAAUAAUGAGACAACAACACCACAUGAAUCUGAUGUUGCUGUAGUGGAAAAUCAAGGACACAAUCAAGAAGAUCCCCACCAAAAACCCCAAUUUGGGCCAUGGAUGCUAGUCCAAAAAAGAAACAAGAAACCUCCAAACAAGGGUGUCGUUUCGUCGAGCAGAACUGGUACUACUGGUGAAGGGUCCAGAUUUGCGCCAUUGGAGACAAUAGGGGAAGAAGAUGCAGGAAACUCAGGGAAGACUCCUGUUGACAAUGAUGCCCUAGAAACCCAUCAGGCCCAAAUGAGAAAUGAAUUAAAGUCCAAAAGCAGUGCAUCCAUAGUGAAGCCUAAGCCCACCAAAGGUAAAUCCAAAGCCCUCUCAGACAUCACCAAUGGAAAACCCAACCAAGAGAAACCCAUGAGACAAACUGGGGUUAAAAUUUCAGAACCUAGCGUGAACAACAUAACGCCCGACAACAACAAGUUUUCAAUUGGAAACCAACAAGCGAACCCUACCAUCUACAAGAAGACAACCAGAGUGAAAUCUAGGUCAGUUGUUCCCACCCCAACCAACUUGGAUUUGAGUAAAGUCCCUGUUCCCCCAGCUUUCUCUAACAUCCCCUAUCCUUCCUCAACACUCUCACCCUCUUCCUCAACCGUCAACCCCUCAUCAAUUCCUUCUCCACCAACUCUAGAAAGCAACCCGCCAAAGGUGAAUACCAAUGAACCUGCCGACAACGAGAUUGUGAUGAGGAUGGAACCGAAUCCCAACGCCCCACCGAUUCUUGUGGAGACCUCGAUUUCUCUCCCGCUUCGAUGGUUAAGGAGAGUGGAUUCCAAGGUAUGGACGGAGUCUGCUGACUCCAUUGAUAACCCACUUUACAAUAGUCAAUUUCCAAUGAAGAUCCUAUUAUGGAAUGUUCGCGGUGCGGGUAAUAAUGAUUUUCUUAGGAAUAUUAGAGAAUUAAUUCGUUCUCAUCGACCUUCUCUUGUGGGUAUCAUGGAAACGAGAGUAAGUAACGAGAGAGCUGAUGAUAUAAUCCGAAGGGUUGGCUACCAGAAUUCUACUAGAGUAGAUGGGUUGGGUUUUGCUGACGGAAUAUGGCUUCUCUGGAAUGAAGAGGAAGUUGAUGUGACAGUGGAGCAUUCUAAUUUUCAGUCUAUAACAGUUAAUAUCAGAAGGAAGGAAGGAAAUUUGCGUCUCACCACGGUUUAUGGUAGUCCUACUCCUUCGAAUAGGGAACAGUUGUGGGAUACCUUAAAGGAACUGGGGGAAAGCAGCAAUGAUCCGUGGGUAGUAGGUGGUGAUUUCAACGAAAUAGCAACAGCGAGUGAGAAGUCUAACUUCAAAGAUUCAGAUUGCCACAGGUGUAGGAGGAUGCAAGAGGCUCUCCAGGCAUGUAAUCUCAUUGAUUUGGGUUUCAUUGGUCCCAAAUUCACCUGGCACAAGUCCCCGAAUAGUCUGCUAUCAAGUUGGGAAAAUCAUGAUGCUCCCAUACAAAGCAAGCUUACGAAAUUCGCUGAAGUGGUGAAGAAAUGGAAUAAAAGCAGCUUUGGAAAUAUCUUUCAAAAGAAGAAGAGAUUGCUGGCAAGACUAAGAGGGAUCCAAAAGGCUCGCUGUAAUGGUGAGAACCCUUUCCUAGUGGCACUUGAGAAGGAAUUACAACAUGAGUACAGCAAAGUUUUGAGACAAGAAGAAUUGCUAUGGUUCCAAAAAGCAAGAACUAAGUGGAUUCAGUCUGGGGAUCGCAACACAACAUAUUUUCACACACUUGCUCUUGUCAAAAGAAGCCGAAAUAGAAUUAGAUCCUUGAAAGAUUCAGAAGGUAAUUGGGUGAAUGACCAAGCAGUGAUCAAAAGAAUGGCAGUGCAGCACUACAAGACCUUGUAUACUGAAUCAUUAGAGGGAAGCUUGAGGCCUGACAUCUCAGUUACCUUUCCCAGGCUUGAAGUGAAUGAAAUUGAAGAACUUCACAAGCCAGUGGACGAUGAUGAAGUGAAAGAAGCUAUGUUCAGUAUAGGGCCUCACAAAGCCCCAGGGCCAGACGGGUUUCAAGCUCGCUUUUUUCAAAAGAAUUGGGACACUGUGGGCGAAGCAGUUACCAAGAGUGUGAAGGAAGCCUUCAGUUCUGGCGAGGUCCCUUUGGAGAUGAAUAAGACUUUAAUUACCCUUAUCCCCAAAGUGAAGAGCCCAGAGAGCAUGAAUCAGCUGAGGCCGAUAAGCUUGUGCAAUAUUUUAUACAAUCUUAUCACCAAGAUUAUUGUGAAUAGAUUGAAACAGAUUCUGCCCAAGCUAGUGUCCCCCAUGCAAAGUAGUUUUGUGCCAGGAAGGCAAAUAGUGGACAAUAUUGUUGUGGUGCAAGAAAUGUUACAUUCCUUCAAAAAAAGGAAGGGGAAGACGGGAGCUUUGGCCUGGAAGAUUGAUUUGGAGAAAACAUACGACAAAAUGAACUGGGAGUUUGUGAGAGAAACUUUAAUGGAAAUUGGCUUCAACAGCACCCUUCUAAAACUUGUCAUGAAUUGCAUCCAAACGACUUCAUUUCAGAUAUUGUGGAAUGGCGAAGCUACCGAGGAAUUCAAGCCAAAAGGGGACUACGACAGGGAGAUCCCCUUUCCCCAUAUUUCUGCUACCCCCUGCCAAACCAAAAUUGUCAUGGUGGCUUUAAAGGAAUUCAAUCUUUGGACAGGGCAAUCUGUAAGCCUUGCCAAAUCCAAGCUAUGUGCAUCCAAGAACACAAGAAAAAUGGAUGCCAAGAACCUGAGCAACCAAACAGGCAUUCCCCUCACCUCUGACUUGGGGAAAUAUCUAGGUGUCCCAUUCAUUCAUGGCAGGGUAUCUAAGAAAACUUAUUGGCAUAUUGUGGAGAGAGUGCAAGAGAAAUUUGCGAGCUGGAAAAUUAACCACUUGUCUCUAGCAGGUAGAACAGUUCUGAUCAAAUCCGCAGCCUCACCAGUCCCAAUUUAUACUAUGCAAACAGCGAGACUUCCUCUCUCUGUAUGCGAUGAGAUUGCUAAAAGAAGUAGGGGAUUUCUUUGGGGUAGUUCUGCAGAGAAAAGAAAGAUCCACUUAGUUAAUUGGGAGCAAGUGUGCAUGCCAAAAAACCAAGCAGGGUUGGGAUUCCGAGCUUCAAGAGAUGUCAACCUGGCUUUACUAGCAAAGAUGGGAUGGCGACUCAUGGAAGAAAAUGAUAAACUAUGGGCUAGAGUGAUGACCAGCAAAUACCUCAGGAAGAAGGAAUUUUUGAAAGUUGAAAACAAAAAUGGAGGCUCCUUCGGAUGGCGUAGCAUUUUGGCUGGUAGGAACAUUGUUAAAGGGGCUCAAAUGGAGAGUGGAAUUAUGCAUAAUCGUAACAGAGUUGUAAGGAAUCUCACUGAAGAUCCAAGCUGUAAACAAUGUGGGGCUGCAAAUGAAAACACUUUACAUGUAUUGAGGGACUGCCCUCAUGCAAAAGAGGUUUGGAAUCAUUGGGUGGGAGCAUCUGACACUAAUUUUUUCCGAUGUAGUGAGGCACAGUGGUGGAAUGCCAACUUAAUUGAUCAAAAAAACAGGUUGAUUGGUGAUUGGCCUUGGAGUUUGAUAUUUGCUGUCACAGCGUGGAGAAUUUGGAAAUGGAGGAAUGAAGGGUGUUUUGCCAAUAAGAGCUAUACUGUCUCCACCAAACUAGCUAUUAUUGGGAAGAUACUCAAGGAGGCAAUAGAUUUUUCCAACCGCAAAAUGGGCCAACACAUGAGGAGGGAAGUUCUCAUUGGAUGGGAAAAACCGAAAGAGGGACAAGUCAAGAUCAACACUGAUGGAAGCUGGUUUCAAAGAACUAAUGAAGCUGCAGUUGGUGGUGUGGUUAGAGGUUCUUGCGGGGAGUGGCUUCUGGGAUUCUCUCAAUCUGUGGGUGAAUGCUCCAUUGACUUGGCAGAACUUUGGGGCAUACUACAAGGUCUUUCACUCGCCUGGAGCAGAGGGUUUAAUGAUAUUGUUGUGGAAAGUGACUCUGCUACUUCAGUUGACAUGAUUAAAAAGGGUGUGAAUAAAAACCACCCUCAUUUUUGCAUCAUUGCUGCUAUCCAGGAUUACCUUUCUAAGGAGUGGACUUGCCAAUUGCAUUACAUCCCGAGGGAAAAGAAUUUCGUGGCGGAUUGGAUGGCUAAGAACAGCAGCGACAGACAUGAAGGAAUCAUGAUUUAUAAUACCCCACCAGCUGGGGUGCUCAACUUAUUGAUUGCAGAUGCUGUGGGCGUGGCUUUCCCCAGGAUGGUUACUUAA